ACACGUGACCCGCCGCUGCAACUCGUGACCCGCGGCAACGACACGUGACCCGGGACCGCAUCAACCGAGCAGACGGAAGCUUGUGGAAAUGCCCGUGUGUGUGCCCGGCGUGGAUGGAGGCGGCAUUUGGAUGUAGCCUGGGGGAGGAGAGUGCAUGCUGGCGAGAGGAAGCAUCAAAGGAGGAAGUGCGGAGGGAAGCAGCACCCAGCGGCCGGGGAAAGCAUCGGACCAGUAUCAGGAAGGAAGCAGGGAGCAGCGAUGCGGUGACAGGAUGAGCGGCAGCCACACACAAGCUUUUUCCCUGGCCCUCAUCGAUGCCGCCUUCGACAAGGACGAGGGGGUGCGGCAGGAGAUCGCACAGGCCUUGCGGGUACUGGGGGCACGACAUCCCCAGCUGGUACUGACCGCCUGCCAUGACUACCUCAGCAAGCACAGCAAGCUGGUACAGGUCCACCGUGUCAUCGUGCUGCACAGCAUGGAGGCCAUCGCCAAGGACAGCCUGGACCGCCUGGAGCAGCCCCUCGCCCGCAAGCUCAUCUCCCUCGCCUCCGACGAGAUGACCCGCUCCAAGGAUGUACAGGCGGAGUGGCAGGCCGCUGCCAGCCAGCUGCUGGUGGCUCUGGGCUGCAGGUUCAUCAAUGAGGUGAUGGAGGACGUCCUGCAGAAGUUCCAGCCCGGAGUGCUGCCCCACCUCUACAUCGUCCACACCCUGGGUAACCUCUCCACGGCCAACGUGUACGGGAUGGUCCCCUUUCUGACGGCAAUCCUGGGAACGAUGCUGCCCAUGCUGGCAAUGGCCAAGCAAGACUCCAUGAAAUCAGUCUUCACCAUCGCUCUGGCCCACUUCAGUGAGAGCAUCUUGGAGUACCUGGCCAACUUGGACAAGGCCCCAGACCCCACCGUCAGGAAAGACGCCUUCUCUGCCGAGAUCUUCUCCUCCUACGACAUCCUCUUCAAUGGCUGGCUGCAGCACAAAGACCCCAAGCUGCGGAGCAGUGUGGUGGAGGCAGUGGGGCAGAUGUCACACCUGAUGCCCCAUGACAAGCUGGAGGAACAGUUGCCCAGGUUGAUCCCCGGCAUCCUCAACCUCUACCGGAAACACUCUGACCACCUCCACAUCACCCAGAGCCUGUGCCACGUGCUGGAUGCCGCUGUGGAGAUGGGCAGUCGUGUGCUGGAGACACAGAUCGACAAUCUGCUCAACACCCUGCACCCCCAGAUCUGCGCUACCUUGGAUUACAACAACCACACGGCCGUCAAGAACCACAAUGAGGUUCUCCGCUGCUUCACCGUCUUGGCCUGCGCCUACACGGACAGACUGGUGGCCUUCCUGCUGCAGAAGCUGGAGGUCCACAACGAGAAGGUGCGCAUCGGCACGCUCACCCUGCUAAAGCACCUCGUCAACUCCACCGCAACUCAACUGGACAGCAAGAGGCUGCUGCUGCUGACUGGCAUGAAGCUGACCAUCCAGGACAACAACAACUACAAGGUGAGACGGAUGCUGGCCCAGGUGAUCAGUACCAUGGCCCACCAUGACUACCUGGAGCUGGAGGGCGGUGAGGCCAUGGUGGAGUUUAUCAUCAAGCAGUGUGCCCUGCCCUGUCACCCGGAGAACCCAAAGCCUCGUACCUACGACCCAGAGGAGGUGACGGAGGAGGGACUGAGGGACAUGUGUGACAACAUCCUCAACCUGCUCACCACCACCGUCAAGAGGAUGCAGGAGGUCCUAUGGCCCUUCCUCCUGGAGUUUGUGAUGCCCGUGCAGUACUUGAAUGCUCUGGCCCCUGUGUGCCGCAGCCUGGCCUACCUGGGUACAAAGAGGCAGCAGGCGGGCAGCAUGGAGGCCCUGCUGGACUAUGCGGGGAGAGAUCUGCCAACACCUCACGCCUUGCUGACCCGCCUCUUGGUGCUGUCGUCGUUCCCGUACCGCGGGAGAGGUCGAGGGGUCCCGGCGCUGCGGCUGCUGCAGGCCGUGUCUGCGCUCAUACACCCCCAGCUGGGGAGGGUGUGGGACGACGAGCUGCCCCCUCUCAUCCAGCACCUGGAAGAGAAUUCCGAGGAAACCUUAGCUCAGAGGCAGUGGGAGGACAAACUGCUGCUGCUCCUGUCCCGGAGCCUGGAGACGGUGACUGCGUGCGAUGAGGGCUGGAGCUGCCAGCUAAGUGAGGAGAUGAGCCGACACCUCCACCACUACAACAGCUUCCCCCAGGAGAAGGGGUUCCUGUACAAGUGUGCGGGGGUGGCGCUGCGUCAGAUCCCCAACAGCGACGUGGUGAGGAGGCAACUGAUGGAGCUGCUGCAGAGUGUGAGGCACUCGGAGAUCCUGGAGAGGGAGGGAGUUGCUGUCUGCGUGGGCUUCUGUGCCACAACACACCUCGAUGACACCCUCAGCAAACUGCAGGACUUCGGCAAGUCCGACAUCCUCAAGAAGUCUCCCAGUCUCUUCCACAUCCUUAAGGACAAGUCUGACGUGGAGCUGGAGAAGGCCAAGAGCACGGUGAUCCUGUGCUACGGGUACCUGACCCUGCACGCACCCGAGGACCAGAUCCUGGCCAGGGUGGAGAAGGACGUGGUCAAGCAUGUCCUCGCCCACUUCAACACCAAGGUUCUGGGCAUUAAAGUUGAGACCAAGGACAUGACCAUUAAGCUGAGCCUGAUGAAGACCCUCACGCUGAUCGCCAGGGCCAUCCACGCCAGCAGCAGCAGGAGAAACAUCCCCUACACCUUCUCGCAGAAGGGGGAGUUGCUACACUACAUGCAGGACGUGAUCCGGGCAGAGCAAGCGGAUGCCCUGAGGACCCCGAUACGCCAACACGCCAUCACCACCUGCACCCACCUGCUGUAUCCUGCACAGCCCUGGCUACUGGGGGAUGUGGGGUUUAUGCCCGGAUGUUUUGUGGGUGGGACGGACUGUGGUGAGCGGGCGCUGACGGAGAGGACCUGCGGUUCUUGCCCACAGGUUCUGUACGAGGACACGCUGGCCGCCUUGCAUGUGGAGGGGUGGAUCAUGUCUCCUCGCGAGUGUGAGAGGGAGCGAGCCGUCCUCACCACCUCCUCCCUGCUCGCCUUCUACCUGGACAAGCUGCAGGUCAGGACGGUGGUGAGCUUCCACAGCCUGGGCUCGUUGUUGGGCCGGCUGGUUCCCCGCUGCAUGGACCCAGCGGGGACAGUGAGACGCAGCGCCCUGCACGGACUACACUCACUCCUCUCCAUACAGCAGCGCCAUGCCGGCUUUGCUCUGGACCACCGUGAUGAGGCCGUGGAGAGACUGCGUACUCUGCCCGACACACCUUGGACCAGCCAGACAGCAAGCAAACAGUUCCACCACUCCUGCUCGCAGAUUGGGCAGGUGAUUGCCCAGUGCAUCCCCCAGACCCAGUUGCAGCCUCUACUGCUGCUGCUGUUCGAGGGCCUGGCUGAUCCACACCCGAGCUGCUCCAGCGCUGCAUCUGUUGUCAUCAACACCCUGGUCAGGAUCAGAGGCAGCAGCCUUGGUGACCAGGUGCCGGUUCUCCUGUCUGUCCUCCACUUGCGGCUGGAGUCGAUCGUGGCAGAGCCGGUAAAGAGCUCGGUGCUCCAGACGGUCUCGCUCCUGGCUGCCCAGAACCUGCCCGCGGUCAUCUCCUGCCUCCUGCUGCACCCGCUGCCCUACGACAGGGCGGUGGGGGAGAUGUGGGGGUCCCUGGCGAUGGAGGGCACUGUGUGUCGCCAGGCACUGGAGGUGCUGACGGAGAGGCUGGACAGACAGCAGCCAUACGAGGAGCGCAGGGAGUCGCUGCUGAGAUCAGCAACCGUGCAGCUGGCAACCGUGCAGCCGCUCGCCGUGAGUACAGACCCCGCACUGGACCACCCACCACCCCCACUGGGACCCCCUCACCCUCCACACUGGGACCCCCUCACCCUCCACACUGGGACCCCUUCACCCUGGGACCCCCCUCCCCACUGGAACCCCCACACUGGGACCCCUCCCCCUCCACACUUUGGGACCCCACUCCACACUGGUGACUCCUCCGCCCUGGAUGGGGGAGGGGAGUGUUUGGGGGCGCGGAUGAGCUGCUCGGUAGAGGCUCUACGCGGGAUGGUGGUGCGGAGCGGCAACGAGGACAUCCUCCGCAUCAUGGCCGACGAGGAUGGCUGGGGGCUGAUGAAGAAACAGGACACGCACCAUCAGGGGGUCACCCUGCUGGCAAGGGCGACAGCGCAGCAUGGAGCGACACACCUACACAGCGUGGUGGAGCGGCUGGAGCCGGCACUGACCGCCCCGUAUCCGGGUCAGAGGGUCACCGUGGCUGCAUUCUUCGCAGAGCGAGUUGCCUCUCAUUGCCCCCUGCAUCUCUCUCUCUCCCUCUCUCUCUCUGUCUCUCCACAGUCGUGUAAGUUUGCCCUGCGGUUGAUCGGUCCCCUCAUGGGUUCGGCGAACGUCAGCGCCAUGUUUCAGAAGCACCUGCUGGAGGAGGCACACCUUCACUACGGCGAGUUCAUCAACGACCUGGCCAAGCACAUCAUCAACGAUUUCCCAGAGAAAAUUAACUUCUACAUCAUGGGAAAUGUCUCGUUCUUCAAAAGCACCCGGGCGGAGAUUCGCGGAAACGCUGCCAUGUUCACAGGGUUUCUGCUGGGGAACCUGUCGCAGGCUGAGCUUCAGUCCGUGUCCCUGGAGCACGUGUGCGGAGCCAUCAUCAUGCUGCUCAGGGAUGCCGUGCCCGCAGUGAGGAUCAAGGCAGCGGAGGCCCUCAGCCUGCUCCACGAGCUGUGACCGCACACAGACAUACAGAGGGACGUUGGUGACCCGUGUGGGGAGGGGUGUUCAGACAGUUGUGGCCCAGACCAGAGAGUCCGGGGUGUGGGAGAGUGACCAAGCAUUGUAAUCCCGCCAGUGGUGGGGAUGGAUGUGUGUAGACCCAGUGGGCUGCAAGCGCUCUAUCC